AAUGACGAACAAUAAGCUUGACUUAACACACUACGUGCAGUCACUUCCGUACGAUGUUUUCAGUUAUCGGUCCUUGAUAAGUGUGCGAAGUGUGAACUUAAUUUGAAGUAGGUAAAAAACAUGUUCAAUUAUUCCAUCACAUAGAUGUUAAAAAUUAACUGAAUUUUAAGAGAUCUUACAGAAACUCUUAUAGUAGUAAUGGAAGACAAAUUGUGGCAAUUGUAUGUUAAAAGCAUCGCUAAGUGUCUAUUUAUGUUUCUGCUAGAAUUCUAAUGAACAAUCCAUCAAUGACGAUUUUACGGAACGAGAAGACAAAACCUCUAUAAAGUAAAGAAGGGCUACGGAUAGGACAAAAAAACAAAGAUGAAGUAAUAACAAACACAAAAAAAAUUGAUGGACGUAGGCCACAUACCUAGUAGAGUGGCCAUUCAACACAUGCGCAGAUAUUCAAUAGAACGCGUAAUGAAGAGAAGAGCAAUGCCAAAAUGAGCGAUGUUAUCAGUCUGGUUGAUGGUGUUGGGAUUAGUUGUUGCAUUGUAUAAAUAUCUCAUAGUCUCAAUGAAGCACUUUCCGUUCUCAAACUCAUUUUAUUGAAGUCUAUUCAUGCGUUGAAUAAGUAGAACUUGAAAACAAUCUUAGAGGCACAAGUUUUUCUAACGUUCUUGCAUUACUAUAUAGUUAAUUGAAAUUAUUUUAAAAAUAAUAUCUGUUGUGAUAUUUAAAAAGCAUUUUGUCAAAGAACAAACAAUAACCAGUCUAGAUUUUUGUAUAUACGAGUUAUGAUUAAAAGUACUCUUAAUAAGUUUUUAUAACAGCAAGCUGCAUCUAUUUGGGGUACUGAAACGUUCGCAAAACUAUGUGCUAAGAAAAAACAAAAAAGGACCAGCAGCUUACUUGUUCAUCAUGAGAAUACAGCUUGCGAUGAUUUGAGAGUUUUUACGGCUCAAAGUUUUCCCCAUUAACCACAUUCACCUUAAUCACCAGGUGUAGCACCUCUUUCCGAAAGUAAAAAAUAUGCAUUCUUGACGUAGAGAAAGUCGCGUCAAAGCAAAUUAAAAUCAUUCCGAUAAAAGUUUUUCAGAAAUACUCACAGUCAUGGAUUCCAUGUUGGGAUAAGGACACUGCUAACCAAGGCAGGAGAUUAUUUCAAAUUUUGAUACGUUUCCACUUAGUUUUUGAUCUGAUAAUACAUUUUUUGUCACAGAUCAUAUGGCAUAUAUUAUUAGAAUCGGAAUAUUUAUAGUAUAUGUUUGUAUUCAUAUAACCUCAUCUCAUCAUGUGGUUAUGGAAUUUUCCUGCCACAACGUUGGGUACCUUCAAACCGAACCAGUUAAAACUGAUAAUAUUCAUUUUGCAUAUAUUUUUUAGGAGUAUUUCGUCGACUGAUAAUUUUAUAGAUCUAGUGAAGUAUACAUACAAUGACUGAUACAGGUAUAUACUGACCAAUUUUUUAUUUUAAUAGCGAUGCCAAUAAACACAUUAAACUUACGCCGAGUCACUCUCAACUUGAAGUUGAUAAAGUAUACUUAAAAUUGAAAAAUAAGUUAUAUUAUAACCAUGUUAGGUAGGUAGUAAUAUGUAAAUAGAAAUUGUCCUUUGUGGACACCUUGUGUGCGCGAGGUAAGUUUAAAGAAAAGGUAUCUUUAUACCUGCUCGUGUGUAUAAGAUUUUCUAACUAUUAUUAGAAACGUGCACCUUCAAAACAAGUUUUGAUAAAAAUCAAUAUUUUAUAACGGAAUUAUCACAUGUCCUAUAAAACGCUUCUGGGUCAUAUAAUCAUAGCCAUGUUUUGAUCAUUAAAAAACACGUCAAUUCAUUAUUUAUAAUUUGUACGUUCAGUAUCAGUAGUAAAAGAUUGCGUUGAUAAUUUUCAUGAAGAUUUAAUAGGUAGUCAAUAUUAAUUUUUGUUUAAUUCAAAUAGUCAAUUAACACCGAUUUUAACCCAACAAUUGCGAAAAUAAAAUCUAUUACUACUGCAUAUCAACAAAGUGCUUAUAUAAUUUUAAAACAAAAAUCCUCAGUGAUACUGUCGUGCGCCUCUAUGUUUCACCGUCUUGACUUUAUUCCACUCUGUCUUGCUUGGUCAGGACCCGAUCGUAUACGAACACAACACGAUAUACUUCGUUUCUGUUGGAGUGGUUUUUGUCCCUUUGUAAGAUUGUCUGUUGAUGUAGUGUUUAGUUCGUAGUAUUAGCGGUGUACUAAUGUUGAAAGUUGUGAAGCGGUAUCGGGAAAUAUGCGUACAGUAUUUAGUGAUCCUAUGAAAACUAAGAAAGUAAAUUAGUUCAAAUUCUCAAUUUAUAUACAAAUAGGAGAAAUGCCGGGUGAAACGGUGAACAAAAAUUUCAAAAUGUGUAUAUACAAAUUGGAUACUUAAAUAAAAUAAGUUGUUGACAGACACUAGUGAAGGUUGGAAUAAACUUUUUCCAGUUCGUGAGUGUGACUGAAAAAUGUGAAAUAAACAAAUUAUGCAUUCCCCAAACAGGACCAGAAUGGUGGAAAAAUGACGCUACAAAAGUGAACACAAUCAGUCAAUACCAAAAUGUCGUCUAGUGCCUUCACGUGCCUUUCAAAAAUCCAUCUAAAAAUUUUAUCUUUAAUACUAAUAUAUUUUAUCAAAAUUGGUCAUGGAUGGUUGCCAAACACAAGCACAAAAUUGGUCAAUAAUGCCAACAAACUAUCUAGUAUAUCAUUUAGGGGUAAUACAUCGCAAGUCGAUCACUUUACUGUCUUGUAUCAAGACGAAAGUACUAUUUUAUUAGGAGGAAGGAACCAAGUUUACAAUUUGUCACUGUACGAUUUUACACAACGUACAGACAAUACAAUAUACUGGCCGUCCUCAGAGGCCUACAAUCAACUCUGUAUUUUAAAGGGGAAGACAGAAGAUGAUUGCCAAAAUUAUAUCAGGAUAUUGGUCCCCACAGCUCCUGGAAAAUAUCUUGUGUGCGGAACUAACUCCUACAAACCGAUGUGCAGGAUUAUACAAGAAAAGAACGGUCAAAUGAUUGUUGAAAAGGAAAUGGGUGGUGUAGGCUGGUGUCCUUAUAAUCCAGAUCAUAACAGCACAUCUAUUUACAGCAAUGGUUACUUAUUUUCAGCUACAGUAGCCGAUUUCUCAGGAUUAGAUCCUCUGAUUUACAAAGAACCUCUUAGUACUGAACUUUCUGAUCUUUCACAACUGAAUGCUCCAAAUUUUGUCAGUUCUCUAAUAUAUGGGGAUUAUAUAUAUUUCUUUUUCCGAGAAACAGCUAUAGAGUAUAUGAAUUGUGGUAAAGCAAUAUAUUCAAGAGUAGCGAGGGUGUGUAAACAUGAUAAAGGAGGACUUCACGUGCCUCGUUGGACCACUUUCCUCAAAGCAAGACUGAAUUGUUCUGUACCUGGGGAGUAUCCCUUUUAUUUUGAUGAAAUACAAUCUACAAGCGAUAUUGUAGAAGGAAAUUAUGGUAGCGAAUCUAAUACAAAAAUAAUCUAUAGUACUAUGACAACUCCAGACAAUGCAAUAGCUGGUUCAGCUGUAUGCAUUUUCGGCAUGGAAGAUGUUCAAAAUGUUUUUAAAGGUCCAUUUAAACACCAAGAAGGAUUUAAUAGAAAUUGGCUUCCGCUACCUGAAUCUAGUGUUCCAACACCAAGGCCUGGAGAAUGCGUACAAGAUAGUAGAGUGUUAGCUGAUAAAUAUGUUACUUUUGUUAAAACACAUCCGCUCAUGGAAAAAGCUGUUCCUCCUCUUUUUGGACAACCCUUGCUAAUUAGGGUCAGCUUAAAUUAUAGAUUUACUGCUAUCACUGUAGAUUCUCAAGUUAGGACGGUCAAUCACGAAAUAGAUGAAAAAUAUGAUGUUAUUUAUGUUGGAACAGAUGAAGGCAAAGUGUUGAAAGUAGUAAACAUACCAAGUGCUCACUCUCCGCCCGAAGCUGUUGUUAUAUCAGAAAACGAAGUAUUUUCGAAAAUUCCUGUGAAACAACUGAAAAUUGCUCCCGGAUAUGGUAAAGUCAUUGCUAUUAGCAAUAACGAGGUGAAAUUGGUUACAUUGAACCAUUGUGAACACAUUUCACGCUGCAGUGAAUGCCUGGAGUUACGUGAUCCUCAUUGUGCUUGGGAUUCCCUUAAAGGAGCGUGUGUUAGCGUUGAUGCUGUAACAUCAUUUAGAUAUUUAAUUCAAGAUAUUAAAAAUGGAAGUGCCAUCAAGUGCAGAGCUACGUCAUUAGAUAAUGUGAAUCCUACCAAAGAAUAUGACACGAAUUCAAUUAAUACCAACUCAUUAAAUGAAAGCAAAGAACCAAAUGAUCCUUUAUUGAUUGAAGGGGAAUCUACAGAUUGCAAUGAAGUUGAUGGAGAUAAAGCUACAGGAUGUGCUUCUCAAAGUAAACUCACAUUUUACACUUCUGAAUAUUUACACAUCAUUGUGGCAGUUGCAUGUGUAGCAGGUUUAUGCGUUGGUUUUUUGUGUGGGUAUCUAGUCUCUCGGCGAUUUCAUGUGCAUUCGCAAUACCCUAAUCCACCGUUUAUUGAACAGCACAACCAUUUAGAUAGGCUCACUGUGAACCAGACUAGUUUUUUAGCUCCGAGGACGAAGACCGUUAACUUAGACGUGUUGAAUGUAUCAACGGAUUCACUACCGCCAAAAAAAGACAAUUUAGGUUCUCUAAAAAACCUGAAUAUCACAAAUGAAGGAACUCUUCAGAAGAUAAAGAAAACAUACAUUUAAGAUUAAAAAUCCCACUUUCGUCCACAGUACUAGAAUCAGCUGUUUUUCCUCAAAAUAAUUUUGAUUCAUAUGCUUAGCAUAAUAAGAAUUUUUCGUUAAGAAAUUUAGAAAGUGGGAUCUUAUGCUUGAUAGUUUUUGUUGUACCUGCUAUUUUUCAUAGACUGCGUAAUUCAUCAUUAUCUGUCACAUACAGAUUCAAUACUUUUUCUAUCAUAAGGAAUAUUUCCCAAAAUUAAAACAAACUGAAAUCUGACAUUUUUGUUAUCCUCUUAUUGACUGGAAUAACUUAUUACUCUAAGACAGAAACUAUAACUUCUCAUUUAGUCAAGGAAACUUGAUGGUUGUUGGUGAAAUCUCAAAUAAUAAAAAUAUUCUUUCAUUUAUCAUUAGAUAUAACUUGUAAAUUUAUAGACAAAAAUUUUUCCCCCUAUAUUUUGGGAAUUUUCAACUCUAUUCCCAUUGCACAAUAAGAGUUAACGAGUAAAUACAGUAUAAUUCAUAGGUUUAAGUAAUUUAAUAUUUUCAGUUGCAACAUAAAUAUAUUGUGUGAAUGUUGAAAUUUUGGGUUACAAUCCUUGAUGAAAAAGUAUUUAAAUAUUUUGCUCCACAUUGUUUUGAUUAAUCAAAACAUUCGUACUCAAUGUAUAUAUAAUUUUAAUAAGAUAGGUAACACAAGCUCCAAAUUUUAAUCUAUAAUGAUAAUUUAUAAACCCCCUUAAUCAAUACUGAUGACUGUAGCUAAUAGAUAAACAAAAUUCUAGACUCAAAUAUACCUUUAAUCUUUAAAAGAAUAAUUAAAAAUAAGCUUCCAAAAACGGCUACUUUAAAGAACCUUUUUUGUAUACUGAUCAUUAAAAUAAAACUUUGUACACUAGUAUCUUCAUACAUAGAGUAAGUCUUGAUUAUAUUAUAGUGUGCUUCUUCACUAUAAAAUUUCAGUAGAUUGCUGGACAAUCACAGUUCUCGUCUUUUUGUAGAUCCUUUGAGGUGCAAUAAUCAAUUAGUUUCCUCAGGUUUCCAUAGAAAAAAAAUUGUAGUACCAUCACGUUCAGAAUUCCCGAAGUCAAUUUCACUUUGUCGCUUUAUUAGUCAUAUACAGACUAGAAUAUUUCACGAAGUGGAACGCCUAUACUUCCACAUUUUGAAACAUCAGAGUUAAAAUAUGGGCAGUGCAGUAAAAUAGGAAAUCAUUUAAUUUUUUCUUCAAACUGUUGUUGUGUUUUAACAAAAGAUACUAGUUAAUAUUAAACCUUUGAAUUUCUUUUCCUAAUCCGACAAACAAUACGCAUCAACCAUUAGUAGCUACACAUAAUGAAACCUGUUAUAUAUAUUAUAAAAUAAUUUAGCAGAAAGUAUCCAGUCUGUAUUAUUAUAUAUAAUAGAAAUCUAUUUAGUACAGCAUAAAUAAAGCAAUAAUGUAAAAUAAAUAUUGCUGAAUUAUUGUUACGAUGUUGAGUUAAAUAUUACAUUUCUUUAGUCCGUUUCUUGGAAGUUUUUUUGUAUAUAGCCUGUAAUGGUUUGGUAAAUUAGAUAUAUAUGUGAUAAAAUACAAAAUUCUUAUAUAAUAAAAUGAAAAUUUAUUAUUAAAAUAUAUUUAAUCCUGUCAUAUAGAUAUAUCUAAAAUAUGAAUUUAUUUAAAUCGGAAAAAAGUGACAAGUGGAAUGAAAGAUUUUCAUAAAUGUAAUCUGCAAUUAAUGAAAAUAUGGUGCCUAAUCUGUGCUCAAAACUCCAAUUAAUGGUGUAAAGGAAUAUUAUACACUACUGUUGAUAAAUCUGGGUAUUAGACACUCUAUUGUUGAUAAAUCUGGGUAUUGGUUCAAGUAAGCUAAUAUAAGAACUGGAAGAGUUGAACUUAUUCAAGUAAUCUCUGUAAUUUUAUUUCUAUUCCCAGCAAACACCGUGUCUCAAUAUUAAAUGAAUAUUUUUAAUAUAAUUUCUGCUCUUCAGUUGUUUUAUUUUUGGGUUGCGAAUUUGUAUCCUUGUGUGUAAUAUUUAGCAAAUGAGAAAUUGUAAUUAUAAGAAAUCUAUAUGAUAAAAGGGUUGUGUUAGGAUAUUUAAACAGAAUCUUUUUCAUUUUAUUAUGUACGGAUAUAUCAUAGAUAUUUAUCAGGAGGUCACACUUAGACAUAAGUAAAAAGAAUCUCAAAAUAGUAUUAAGUAAUUCUGUCAUUGCAAGGAUUUAUCAAUUUAAACCAAAGAUAUUUCAAAAUAAAAAAUAUAACUUAAAACAUUAAGAAAUGGCUAAAAACUUUUUUAUUAAUCUUCAAUAGUUAAAAAUAUCUUUGCUUACAUUUAAAGGGAAAGUUUCCUAUUUUGAAAUACCCUGUUUGAUAUAAUAUAUUUUUGAAUACAAUGGUUUAUCAGUAUUUGUGAGAAUAUGUUCAAUCGAUUCGUUUUACAUAUUGUGUAAAUAUUUUCCAAUUCUUCAAUGAUAGGAUACACAAGGGUGUACAUUUCUAUUAAUUCUGUCUAUAAGGUUAAGUUUAUUAGAUAUUAAUAGAUUUUAUAUAAACAAAUUUUAUUCUUCGCACAUAAAAAUGUAAGUGUUAAGAUCCAUAGUUUAUAUUAUUUAAUGAAUAAAAAUUUCUCAAGACCACUUCUAUGAUCAAAUAUUUUUGUAUAUCGCUGUUCUGAAAUUCGAAUAAUUAUAUAUAGUUGCUUCUAGCACGUUUUAUAUUUAUAGUAAUUUGCAAAUAUUUUUGUUGUUAAUAGAGUUAGAUAAGCUCUGCAUAAAUAUUACAUGUACAUAUUUUUCAGUUUGUAAUUUUCAAAUAACUUCUGUUUGGCUGUGACUUUCUCAAAAAUUGUUUUUCUUAGUGGAAGAGGUUCUUUUCUUAUUGGACCGACUCUUUUCAUGUACAAAUCAACAUCCAGACAACCGCCAUACGCCGCGGUUUUACUUGUUUAUUUUAUGGCGGUAAUUGCUGACUAUCAUUUACAGUAAUUUUAAAAUAGUGUGUAACUAUGUACCAUGUAAUAGAUAUCGGUCACAUCUGAAAAGAUCGUGAAUGAUUGGUUAAUUUCGUCUAUGUUUAAACAUUCAAAAUACUCUUUAGUAGCAUUGUAAUAUUUGUAACAAGUAAUUCUGUCAUAUUAAGUAGAUUUAUACAUUACAUUCCAUUGUAUUGAUUUUGUCAAUAAAUAUACAUAAAAAUACAAUAUGUUUUUCUUUCUUAAAUUUUCAAUAAUUCAGCCAGAUCAUUUUUAGAUUUUUCAAUAAGUACAAUAAGAAUAGGUUCUCAAAUUAAACCAUCAUCAUAGAUAGAAAAAGUACUAUUAUUGGUAAUUAUUUAGAUUAGGUUGCAUACGCCCGUUUCCUUGAAAUUUUAGUAUGUUAUACAGUUUCUUAUGGUGAAAAAGAAGAUAUAUAUGUUGGACGCGGAAAUUAUUCUACAUUACGUUAAGUUAGGUUAGGCUCAUACUUCAUAUUGAACGACUUUGGCGAGGUAUUCGUGAUAACAUACCUCGUUAUGGAAGAACUAGAUCUCAUUAUCGUCAGUAUUUUGGGGAAUUUAUUUAAAAGACAUUACUCAUAUUCAAAUAGAAUUGAAGCAUUUAUUGAAGAAAUGUCACAAAUGUGUCCCAAUAGAAAUUGAUGAUUAUUUGUACGUGUAAAUAAAUUGUUACAAAAUGAUUUGUGUCAUUACAUUAAUGGUAACUAAUUAUAUUUAAUGUUGGAGAGGAACAUCAAAAUUUGCAAAAUAUCAACUAUUCAAGAUAGUGUACAUUUUCCAAUGUUCAAACCA